CGAAACUUGGACUGACACUGGUUCGACGACGAACCGGCGAAAUUACUUUGAGAAAAUCAUGUUUUUCAGAGAAAUUUCAUGAGACUUGAAACAUCUAGCUUCAAAUCCCUAAUUUUGUUGUUUUGAAAAGCGUCAUUUAGGCAGAUACAGAGUUAGGUGUCUAAAGAGCAGCAGAAGGACUCUGAAAAGAUGGAUUCUGACUCUGUUACUAUGGAAACAGACGAUGAAGACUCAUCGCUUGAGGAGGAGGAGGAGGAAGAAGAGGAGGGGUUAGAACCUAAACAGGAAGUAUGGGUUCAAAGUGGAUCAGAUUCUAAAAGUUACAAGCCGGUGCAUUUGAACAUCUCCUACCAGGUGGGCUCUGAGGACGCAUCCAGUCAAUCUAAGAAGAAUAAGGGGAACGACCCCACAGCGUUGGCCGUCCUGCGGAGGCUGACCCCAGAACUCCAGCAGGGGUAUAGAAUCCUGGUAGAUUUGAUGGGAGAGCGGUCUAAGAGCUUUGCUUGGCCCUUCAUGGACCGAGUAGACCCUGUGGCUCUCAAGCUGCCGGACUACUAUGACAGGAUCAAGACACCCAUGUGGCUAACAAGAAUUGAAGAAAAGUUUGAGGAUGUGGAGUAUACCUCCAUCACUGAGUUCGUUGCUGAUGUCAGGCAGAUCUUUGAGAACUGUUACCGCUACAAUGGACUCAAGCACAUGGUCUCUCGUCAAGCCCAGAUGAUGGAGUGCCAUUUUGAGCAGAAGCUCACUCAACUCUCAAGGCAUAUACGAGACAAGACUCAUUUCCAUGGAAACAAUGACCCGCAAACUGCAGAGCAAGAUACCACCAUGAGCUCAACAUUUGGGAGGAGGGUCAGUCAGAGAAUCCUUGAAAACAGGAACACCAUGUCACCCGUUGCAAACUUCAUGGAGAAAAAACUAGAGAAGGAGGAAGAAGAGAGGAGAAGGCAGAGGAUAAUAGAAAGGAAAGCUGAGCUGGAGAGACUGAAUAGGCGACUGGUAGAAUGGGAGAAGGAUGAACUCCUGAAGGAGCCGCUCGGGACCCAGCUGAAGUCCAUGUGGGAGAUUCCAGCUAUUGGACAGUUCUUCAAGCUUUGCCGUGAGAAUAUGUACCUGCCAGAGUUCUCUCUCUUUGAACUAGAGAGGGCUCUUGUCCUCCCGCAGUCCAGCCAGCUUGUAGCGCGUAUCUUCACCAAUGUUCUCACAACGCGAUACAAUCGCAAAAGGGUAUCUAAAAAGCCUGCCAUGCCUUAUGAGUUCUGGCAAGACAAGCUGAGGAAGAAGCUAGACAUCUGGUACGCCUUCCUUAACGUUGACAGUGCUACAAGACAAAGCGUUGCCCGCCAUCUCUACAUCCCUGAGCGAUUCUUUGAGGUCCUUGGUGACAUGAACCCUCUGACCGGUCGUCAGUACCACGACCUUUCCAUCUAUGAAAGAGUAUGGAUCCUCAAGGGCAUGUGUGACCAUCUAUUUGAAACCGACUACGAUGUAUGGUUUGGUGUGGAUACAAGCGUCGUGGAGGACCAGCGCGUAGUAGUAUUGGGAGAAGAUGACGAGAAGGCUAGCUACCUCUACUUUCCUCACCUCCUGUCCACUGAUCUCAGGAUCUACCGCCAGGCUCAGAUCAAAGAAGAAAAACCAAAGAAAAAGAAAGUGGAAAAAGCAGAAAAGAGCCCGACAAAGAAGAGCAAGACUGGGACCCCUUCUCAAGCCAAUGAGGGACCCAAGAAGAGAGGUAGACCUAGGAAAAACGCAGACCCCAAUGAUAGCUCAACUGAUAAGACUGGUACCACACCUGCCAGAGCUGGUAAAACACCUGCUAGCGAAGGGCCUAAGAAGCGAGGGAGACCCAGGAAAGAUGCAGGGACCGAAAGCGAAGCAGAGACUACUGGUAAAACUAAGGAGACUGGUGAGGGAACUGCAACCCCUUCUCAGGCCAGCGCUGGUACUCCGUCAGGCAGGGGGAGGCCCAGGAAAGAUGGUUCCACUCCAUCUCAAGCUCUUAAGAAGACGCCCGCUAAGCCGAUGGCCAUCAUAACACCGACCAGACGAUCGAGCAGACGAGCUGCUAAACUAGAGAGAUCUGAUGUAGAGGAGCAGGACGAGGAGAAAGAAGAGAAGAGCCAUAAUGGGGAUGGAGACACAGAGGGCGCUACAGACGUUGUUUGCGACUCACAAAACCUUGACGCGAAUGUUGAAGAUAAGGACCAAAAUUCUGAUAGGACGGUAUCUGCUGAUGCAACACAGUCUUCAGCGGUGUGUGAUGGUAGUCCGGGGAGGACAGGAAAUCAGGAUGGGACUGUAUCUCAGGAGACAGAAGAGGGCAUAGCUAACUUUGAUGAUAAGCACCUUGAAACAAUUUCAGCUGAUGAUGAUGUUGAUGGUAUACCCGGGAAAGAUGAAGGAAGGACUAGUGAGAGUGGUAUGGCUCAAGAAGGGAGUUCCCCAAUUGAAGUGAAAGGGGAAUCCCCCUCAAAGCAUGCCCUGUGUAAUGGUGUGAUGGAGGUAGAUGAAGCAGACGGUAAGGAUCUGAUGCAUUCCAAUGAUGGUGUGACUCACUCCAAAGAUGAUGAUAACGUUUUAAAAAUAUUAGAAGUCGACCAAAAUAAAUCAGAGGAGGAGAUAAUCAAUGGAAACAAUGUCCAAGCUUCAUCAGAGAAGGUCCAAAACCGUGGUGAGCUUGAAGCCCAUGAGGAUACGAACGGACUGGAGAACAUCAUAUCCAGUGAUGACCCUAGUAGCCUAAACCAGAACCAGUCUAACAAUGUUAUGGACAUUGAUGAGAGGGUUGCCCAGCUAUCUGGAAAUGAGGUCGCUGGUGAGGACCAGUGCGGCAAUGUCAUCGACACUGUGGAUGAAGUUGUUGGUAAAGACGGCAUGAAUGAUUCAAAUUCCAUUGACAUCCAAGAUUCAGGUGCCAAAGAAGACAGUAAGAACCAAGUGGAUUCUACGAUGGAAUCGGACAGAGGCUCAAAUAAUGAACAUGUAAGUGGCCAAGAUGGACAUGCUUCUGAAGGCCACACUGGAAAGAACUCAGAGGAGACUGCACAAAGCGAUGUCCCGGUAGAAAAAGGAGAAGCACUAACAGAGAUCGAAGCAGAGUUGGCACCAAAGGAAGAAGCGAUGGAUGUGGAACCGGUAGAUAAAGGAGAAGCACUAACGGAGAUCGAAGCAGAGUUGGCACUGAAGGAAGAAGUGAUGGAUGUGGAACCGGUAGAAAAAGGAGAAGCACUGCCAGAGAUCGAAGCAGAGUUGGCACCAAAGGAAGAGGCAGUGGAUGUGGUGCAUGGCGACCAAGCAGAGGGUGAUAUGAACCAGGAGGUGAUGGGGAGAAUCUCCACCCCUCCUCCCCCGCAACCUCUCCCAGGGAUCCUGCCUCCUGAGGGAGAAUUUGAGCUGGUCUGUGACAGCGUGGAGUCCUUCAGGGCGCUCAUCGAGAAAUUCGCCCAGAAAGAAGAGACCAUCGUCAAAGGAAGAAAAACGAUUGUACAACCUAUCAAGAGGUCGGGUCGCACCACUGAGCUACACAAGACACUCUCCAAGAUGCUCGAAGACUUUGAGCCGAUUGAGGCCAAGCUGCAGAAGGUUGUUCACAAGGCCAGAGAGGUGCUCUUCUACGAGUUUGAGGCCUACGAGGAAGAUCCUAGUCCGAAUCAGGAAGCAGCAGCUUUCUGGUACCAGCUACAAGUCAAGAAGCCAGCGCAAGUGGUAGAGUCCUCCUCGGUAGAUGCAAGCAGUGUGGAUGAUGACUUCUCCAGCUCUGAGAGCAGCUCAGACGUUGACAGCGACGAGCUCAGCGACUCGGACAGUGACGGCGAUGAGACCGCAGAGUACGACAACAGUGAUGGUGAUGGCGAUUACGAAACAUCUGUUGCAAUGGAUGCAGUUCCAGGUGUGGAUGUCAAUGGUGCGGAAGGGGCUGAGAAUCAAGGAGAGAAUCAAGGAGUGAAGGUGGAUCUGUACUCUGGUGUGGAGAUUGCAGGAAGGACAAUGAGGUCUUCAAAGCGCAGGAGAGCCCAGAAAAGGGAGGUCAUCAGGGAUAAGAAGAAAGCCAAGAGAUCCAAGAUUCAGAUCGUCAAAGGGGUUCCUCUUCAAGGUAGAUAUGCUCAACAUGAUGAUAAAGAGACGGAUGAAACCAAGCUCAAGAAAGUUCAUGAGGAACUCAAGCAGAACCUGAAGGCAGGUUCAACGUUUCAGAUGACAAAGCACAUUGUUCCAGGAGAAGCACAGAGGAGUUUCCAACCGUACAAAAAGACUGGUCUUCAAACUUCCAGUAGCCAUUCAGCUUCGGCAUACCAACGGGACACAAGCGACAAGUUUAUCCGAAUACUGAAGCGUACAGCUGGUACUAGUGAACCUGCAACUGUCUCUCCUGUCACAAAAGCAACUAAGACGUCUGCCUAUGAACCAACAUUGAAGGUUCCAUUCUUAAAGAAAACCAAGACGACCAGUCAAGCUGCCUCAGAGGCACCUAGUGCGGAUAAAAAGACAAAGACAGAAACGUUUUCAUUCACCAUAGAUGCUAAAGUUUGGGAGUCUCUCAAGGACAAACCAGAAGAAAGACAGAGGUUGAUUGUUGAGCAUGUGGAAAAGAUGAGGGUUGCCAGUGGCCAAAAGAAGGAAUCGCCCCAGAAGCUUCAGAACUCGAGGCAGUCACCAUGGUUCUCAAACAAGAGUAGCUCAAGUGGAUCAAGCAAAUCUGCUAGCUCUUCAGAGGCGAUGACUGAUGGGUCUGGCCUGUCUCCGUCUGCAUUGCCGGAAAAGAGAUUAUGCGUUAGCAUGGAGAAUGCCAUUCAUGGACAGACGGGAACAGGUGUUCAAGAGGACAUGCCCAUCCUUGACCUAGUUGGUAGUCAGAAGGGAUCCUUGCUGCAAGACACCAACAUGCCUACCUUGGCUCCUGCAGUGUCACAGAAGAUUGUUCAGUCUACCAUCAUAGGUAGUCCAGGCAGUAUCUCUGUGCAACAAGCAUUGACUCAAACACAAGGACUUCAGCAGCCAACAUCAGGGAAUCAAUCUACUGCAAUAGCAUCCUCAGGAAAUAGUAGCAUCAUCUUGGGAGAUACUACAUCUGGUGUGGGAACCAAUCUCCUGGGCGGACUCGGUACCAAAGGUACCACCAUCGGUACCACCAUCGGUGUCAAACCUCAGGCAACCGUCAUUUCCCUCUCACCCAAACCACAAGGGGUUCAGCAGCUUGAUUCACCAUCAACACCAGAUGUCAACAGGUUGGCUAAUCUGAAGGUGCAAAGUGUGGCGGCGCAACUGACUGCGGGCGCCUCGGGUACCGGAGUCCAGAAAACCAUUGUCCUGCCGACCAACUUGAAAGUGAAUAUGCACAACAAGCAAUAUAAGAUUCUCUACGUGCAGAAGCCUGGGGCAUCCAAACCUGAACUCUGUCUCCAACCAUGCGCCGCUGAUGAUUCAACCGCUACUGGCGGUACCCUGCAAGGUGCGGUACCAUUAGUGACGGUGCAGCAACCCCUACAACCAGUGCCUGCUGCUACCAGUGGAAGAAAUAUGCAGAUUCAUAUGGUACCACAGGGUGGGAAUAAAAUUGUGAUGCAGGCUGUAGGGGGUACUCCGCAAGGACAAGUAGCUCAAAAUGUAGUGGUGCAGAAUCCUGUACCCAUACCCCAGGUUGGAAAUCCAGCUGCGGGUAGCAAUACCAGUGUAGUUAAUAUGAUAACAACCCCUAUACCACCGGUUCCACAAGCGGUUUACGCUCUUAGUACUGGUUCCCAUGCACCAGUAGCGGGUAUGCAGUCUAAGGUACCAGCUGGAAGGGCAGUAUCAGUCAUGUCGGCGCCUUCUAUGCAAAUGGCACCUUCAGUACAAAUGGCUCCUUCGGUACAGGUUCCUUCAGCAGUGGGCUCAAUAUUGGUAGCACUACCGCCAAAUCAAAGCACCGUUCUAGCAGGGAGUCCUUCCAAAGCUGUGGCAAACCAGAUCGUUCACCUCAUUGAUUCUGGAGUAGUUGCACCUUCUGUAUCACAAUCUUUGGUUCCAUCUGCAGCAGCAUCUUUCAGUCCCUCUCUGGUACCGCCCAUGCCAAUGCUUUCCCAUGUAGGACAGCCUAUAACACCGCCGGUAGCAUCAGAUCAGGUUCUACAAAGCAACGUCAUCUUACAGGCGGCGUCCGCCUCCGGUUUAAUCUUGCCGGCGCCGGAACCUUCAAUGAAACAAAUUGUGGUGCAGGGAAUGCCUCAAGGCAGCGAUCAAUGAUUGAAUGAGUGUACGUGCAUCUAGAGAGAAACUUUACAGAUUGUCAUGCUAUCUCAGUAGAAUCCAAUUCAAAUGAAGUGUGUCUAGGCUUAAUGAAUAUUGCAACUUCCUGGAGAAAAUAUUUGCAUUCAUUGCCUUGAUUCUUUAGAUUAGAUUGUUUAUCGUACUAGUUUUCCUUACAGGAAAGGUGGCCGGGAAGUGUCCACAGUGAGAUGAAAAUGUAUUACACAUGUGUCUCCUAAUAAUGGACUUUUAGUGUGCCAAUGCUAUACAAAUAACCUGAUUUUCCUUCUUUCCUUUUAUGUGAUGUGCAGUUCCCCUGGGCCCCAUUUCACAAGACUUGUCAUCAGUGACAAAUGACAGUUUUUGUUAUA